AUGGAAACUAAUCCCACCGUAGCCAUCAACAUCUCCGAUGACCUGUACGGACUACCGGGCACCAAAUCCGACCCACGAGACCUACCCGAACCCGAUGUCCACAUCGUCACCUGCGACGCCCUGCGGAUCCCGGCGCACUCUAGCAUUCUGGCCUCAGUGUCGCCGGUGCUGGAAAACAUUAUUGAUCGGCCACGUAAGCACCGGAGCUCCGAGCGAGUCAUCCCGAUCACCGGCGUCCCAUACGACGCCGUAUUGGCCUUCGUUCGCUUCCUCUACUCCUCAAGGUGCACGGAAGAGCAUAUGGAGAAGUACGGGAUCCAUCUACUCGCGCUGUCCCACGUGUACCUGGUCCCACAGCUGAAGCACAGAUGCAUCAAGGAGCUGGGUCAACGUUUGACCAUCGAAAACGUUGUGGAUGUGCUCCAACUUGCCAAGAUGUGCGACGCAGCGGAUCUCUACCUCAAGUGCUUGAAGUUGGUCGCUAAUCACUUCAAGGCUGUCGAGAAUACUGAAGGCUGGAAAUUCCUCCAAGAUCAUGACCCUUGGCUCGAACUCGACAUCUUACAAUUCAUCGACGAAACCGCGUCGAGGAAGAAGAAGACAAGGAAGCUGAGGGAGGAGCAAAGGUUGUAUCUGCAGCUAAGUGAGGCCAUGGAGUGCUUGGAGCACAUAUGCAAGGAAGGGUGCACGAGUGUUGGGCCUUACGAUAUGGAGCCAGGUCACAAGAGGGGCCCAUGCAGCAAGUUCUCCACGUGUCAAGGGCUGCAGCUGUUGAUCCAGCACUUCGCCACCUGUAAAAGGAGGGUGAAUGGAGGGUGCUUGCGUUGCAAGCGCAUGUGGCAGCUUCUUAGGCUUCACUCGUCAAUAUGUGACGAGCCCGACUCUUGCAGAGUUCCUCUUUGCAGGCAAUUCAAGUUGAAAACGCUGCAAGAGAAAAAGAAAGAUGAUGCAAGAUGGAAACUGCUUGUGAGGAAGGUGGUGUCAGCCAAAACAAUAUCUUCCUUGUCCCUGCCCAAGAGGAAGAGGGAGGAGGAAUUAGGAGAAACCAGAUGCAGCCAUGGGAUUAGAACCUUCAGAUUGUGA